AUCAUAAACAAAGGAAAAAGGCCAAGUCUUUGUUUACUUUGUUUAGGUAGCCCACGAGGGCCACUACCCCUUUAUUAUUCUUAUUAUUGGUGUUGGUAGUUGUGGUUGUUGUCAGAUCGCAUUUCAAAUGAAUCUAUACGUUUUCUUUUACUUUCUCCGGCGUGUGCGUGGGCUCAGAUGUCAAGAAAGUCUUUGAACCAGCGCAUACAUAACCAUUUCAUGCAAUUUACCGUAAAUUCUGUCUCUUUUUAUACAAUUUACUGUACAAUUGCCCCUGUCGCCUUCGUAUCUCGUUCGUUUAGCUAUAUAUAAACUUGUGCUAACAAUAUUAUUUCAUCAGCCAAGAAGAGAUUCCGUAAGAGAAAAUUGAGUUUUGAGUCGUUUUAUUUUCUUAAAUAUGUCUGUGGCUUCAGUCGGCAUGGGUACCCUGAGAACGGCAUUUCAAAUGCUGUUUGAUGCUGUAAAAUCAGUGCAGGAGGAGACUACUAUGUUCAAGCACCUCCUUGGAGACAUCAAAUCCACACUGGAAUCUCUACAGCCACUCAUCCAAGAGAUUGAAAAAUAUAACUCGAAAGAGCGACUGAAAUAUUUUGCAGUACAAAUGGAGAAGGGAGCAGAUCUUGUUCAAAAGUGCAGCAAAGUUGGCGUGUGGGGAAAAUGCAAAUACGCCAAGAAGCUCCAUCAACUGAAAAAAUCUCUUCGAAGAGUGUUUGAUGCGCUCAAACUGCAGGGCGUAAGGGAUGCGAGGGAGGCGUUGAUUUCUCUCAGGAAUAUCGAGACGGCGUUCUCUCGAAUAGAAAAGAAUUUGGUGAUGAAAAGAAAUCAACCUGAAACGGUUAAAUGUUCGUCUGCGGUGCCUGAACCCCCAUCCGUUACAGUCGGGUUGGAUUUGCCGUUGAAGGAGUUGAAGAUGAAGCUCCUUAAGGAUGAAAAGGUGUCGAUGCUUGUGCUGACUGCUGCUGGGGGAUGUGGGAAAACAACCUUGGCUAAAAAGUUUUGUCAAGAUCAAGAAGUCAAAGAUACAUUCAAGAACAACAUCUUCUUUGUCAAUGUCUCGAAAAGGCCCAACUUGGACCUUAUUGUACAUGAACUAUAUCAACUGAAGGGGUUCGAGCUGCCUGCUUUCCAAAACAAAUUCAUGGCAGUUAAUUUGUUGCAACAAUUUUUGAAGAAAGCAACAGACAAUCCUCUGUUGUUUGUCCUGGAUGACGUUUGGUCAGGAUCAGAGUCCCUUCUUGAUAAGUUUGAUCAAUUCAAGUUUUCAAAUUACAAGAUUUUGGUCACAUCAAGAUUUGCAUUUCCGAGAUUUGGUUCUCCGUACCAUUUGGCAUUAUUGAAUGAUGAGGAUGCAAUGGCUCUUUUUCAGCAUUCAGCAUCCUUGGAGGAUGAGAGCUCUUAUACUUCCGAAGAUCUUUCGAGAAAGAUUAUGAAGCGCUGUGAGGGAUGGCCACUUGCCAUUGCAUUGGUCGGGUGGUCACUUCGUGGCCAGCCUAAAGAAAUCUGGCAGAAAAAAAUACUGGAAUGGAGCAAACGUUCUUCCAUUCUUGAUACUGAAAAGGAUUCGCUUGCUGAUUGGAUUAAAAGCACACCACAAAGUAGCACAUAAAUAUCCUAUUAAUUUUCCUUAUUAACAAUAAUGUUUGCCAAUAGUAGCAUAUGAAAAUAAGGGUCU